CCAGAACGGCGCAGUCAGAUUGCCGCCGGUCGGAGAUUUACUUGAUUUGAUUUAGCUGUCCGACCGCGCCUCCGUUGAUGGUUGGAGAGCAAAUUAUCGCGGUUGUAGGUGGCAAUUAGUCGUCGCCGCGUGCUCCCGCAGAUUCCAGUAGUGGAAAUCUUGACCACAGUGGGUAAAUUAUAACCCAAUGAAAACAAUAAAGCUAAUGAUAAACAUGUGUGAACAGUGGCAACCGUUUGCGGCGCGACUCUGGUUAAUGGAGGAGUGGGGGAUAAGGUUUUCUCUACACUACCGCUUUCUAAGAACGAUAAUGUAUUAAUCCAGAACGGAGUUCUCUGGGCUAGGUUGCCGUCGAUCAGUUAGGAAGUUUGUUCGGUACGGCACGGUCUUAGGAAGGAUGAUGCUGCGGAUCGGAUCUUUGGUGGUUCUUUUGUUCGUGGUGGACUUUGGAUUAGGGUUCAACCAUUCUUCACCGUUUUUGGUGGAGGAAAAGGACGCCCUGUUGACGGUGCCUCAACUGAUCAGGAAGUACGGAUACAAAGUGGAGGAGCACGAAGUCGUUACGGAAGAUGGAUACCUACUGACGAUGUUCAGGAUUCCUGGCCGAAAGGGAGCUAAAGAAUACCCGAUUUUCAUGAUGCAUUCGUUGUUCAGCAGCUGUGCAGACUGGGUACUGAUUGGUCGGAAGCAUGGCCUAGCAUAUCUGCUUGCAGAUCGCGGGUAUGACGUGUGGAUGGGAAAUGCUCGAGGCAACCGUUACUCGAGGAAGCACCGUAGACUAUCCACGGUGUCGUCCCAAUUUUGGGACUUUACAUUUCACGAGAUCGGAUACUACGACGUGACGGCGUUGAUAGACUACGUCCUGGAUCGAACGGGAGCCGAACGACUACAGUACAUCGGGUUCUCGCAAGGAGCCAUGACGAGCUUCGUUGCACUGAGCAGUCGGCCGGAAUACAACGAGAAGAUCCUUCAGCUACACGCGAUGUCCCCAGCAGUUUACAUGUACCGCAGCGGAAGUGCUUUGAUACGAGUGCUGGCAUCGCUUGCAACGCCCAUCAGAGAUGUGUUCACAUCUGUCGGCAAAUAUGAAUUCUUGCCGUUCAACGAGCAGCAAUACUACCUGUUUCGUUGGUUGUGUCCCGCUCCAGAACAAAAGAUUUGUCGAGCCAUCAUCUACGAUGUCGUUGGCCCCAACCCUGCGCAGUUAGACGUGAAAAUGCUACGAAUCUUCCUGGGUCACUUCCCGGCUGGAGCAUCUGUCAAGCAGGUAACCCAUUACGCGCAGAUCAUAAAGGAUGGAAUCUUCAGGCAGCUGGACUACGAGGACCCGAAGAAAAACCACCAGGUCUACGGAUCGGAACAGGUUCCCCGAUACAACCUAUCGCGAGUGACGACACCGGUGAGGACCUACUAUGGCUACAACGACAACACCGUCGUCUAUCUCAACGUCCUGCAGCUGGAGAGCGAGCUACCCAACGUGGUCAGCAGCUAUCCAGUCCCGGACAAACGAUUCAGUCACGUAGAUUUCAUUCUGGCAAACUACGUCAAAGAAAUGUUGUACAAAGAGAUUAUCAAGAAUGUAGAACAUACGGAGCGGUCGGCCUCUUCAAAAUAAAAACAGUCGCAUCUAGUUCAAACCAA